UAUUGUCCCCUAUUUGAUAGCAAAACGGCGACGACCAGAGCACUUCGUAAUGCUGUAGGUAUUCUAAUCAUAGUAUGUCAUUGAUGUUGUGACGUGUUAUAUUUUUUUAACAAAAUACUCAGCAAAGUGUGUGCUACGCACGACGGAAAAGACGGCGAAUAUUGCAGUAAGAGAAAAUGAUGCAAGAUGAAGAUUUGGGUGGUCCAGCCAGACGGAGUGUUUUUAGUCAGGGGAUAACAAGAGUAUCACAGAUAUAUCAAAGAUACCUGGAUUUAUGGACACCACAUAUAAUAUCAAGAUGGAUAUUUGCUGUAUUCCUAUUAGCUCUUUUUUUUCUACGUAUAUUUAUCUCGCAAGGAUGGUAUGUUGUGACAUACGCAUUAGGAAUUUAUCACCUCAAUUUAUUCAUAGCAUUCCUCACGCCAAAAAUUGAUCCUGCCAUGGAUUUUGAUGAUGGAGAAGGUCCUGAAUUACCUACAAGGUCUAAUGAGGAGUUUAGACCAUUUAUCAGGAGAUUACCUGAAUUCAAAUUUUGGUAUUCAAUGACAAAGUCUACAGUUUUUGCUAUGAUAUGCACAUUAUUCGAUUGUUUUAAUGUACCAGUAUUCUGGCCGAUUCUUGUGCUAUAUUUCAUAAUGCUAUUCAUCAUUACAAUGAAGCGACAGAUAGUGCAUAUGAUUAAGUACAAAUACCUGCCUUUCACUCAUGGCAAACCAAAAUAUCAGAACCAUGAGGACACUUCACGAUUGAUAUCAUCAUCGAAAUGAAUAGAAACGAAGAAUACGUUUGCCAGUGGAGACACGUAUACGUGUAAAUUUAAAUUUCUCUCAAUAAAGAACACAAGAAGAUAAAACAAAACCCGUAAAAACUCCUAACGUUAUAAAAGAGGGAAGACAUCGUUUACACGUCUACAAUAAAAGAUUGAGACGUGUAAUAAACUCUAAAUUAUACAACACAGUACAUGAACCGAAUAAUCUUAAUAUAUUUGUAUCAUAAAACUUGUACAAAGUAUUGUUAGUUCUUAUAUUAAAAGAAAAAGAUAAACUAUAUAGACACACAAUAACAAUAUAUUGAAUAGUACACAGUUGUCAACGUAGCAUGGUGGAACUUUUCAGAUAAAUGUAAGAAAUUCGUAUACACAUUAGAAUCCGUUAACAUAACCAGAUUCGUUUUGUAACUCUAGAUGAUAUAAUUUCCUGACGUAUACAUUCCAUGUGAUUUGCUUACGUCUUUAAAAUUACUUUUUCGAGCGUCAUUUAAAUUCAAUCCGUCUUAUAGCCUUAGUUAGAGGCAUUGGAACAUAGUAUAUCCCGCUGUCCGUGUAUCUUUUAAUUUGUUAAUAUCGAUACGCCUCAAACAAUAAAAUUGAAGUCGUGAAAUGUAAAAUAUAAGACCAAUCUUUGACAUUGUGAGUUGCACGAGUUAUUUAAACAUUUUUUAUAAACACUGGGAAAACUUACUAAUGCCUAAAAUUAUUAGUACUACAUUUACAUUAUUAAUAUAAUAUAUCGCAGAUAUAUCACAUAUAUGCAUGUAUAAUAGGGUGAGGCAUGUCAUCGAUUGAUCAUAUUUCUGAACGUAUUUCUUUGUUAAUAUACGCUUAUAUGAAAAUAUAGAAAUGUGUGUCGGGCGUUGUAUAAUAAACUUAAAACUUAAAUUACCGUCACAAAAUCAUCACUAUGCUGUGUAGUCUGUUUAUUUUUAUCACUUAAAAUAUCUUUAUUGCUCUUGAGAACAAAGUAAAAUAUUUUAAAGUGUGUGUGUGUAUAUAAGAUGUAUAUUUUUCAAUUUGAAAGGGCAUGUAUAUAUACACACACAUACUUUUACGAACUGAAUAAUGUCACUUUACGAUAUUUUGUACUAUUCUUAAAAAUAACAAAGAUAUUUUACGUGGAAGAUGAAUAUCAUUGAAUUAAUCGCAAUUUUGACUAUAAAUAUCAUAAGAAAAGAUUGAUUUUCAAUCAACAAAAUGAUACAGUUAUUACACAAUUUUUCAAAUAUACAUUUAUGAAAAAACUGUUAACCUCAUCAAAAAUAUAUAUUUCCCCUAAAACUUAAUUAUUAGUUAAUCCUUUCGUCCCUGAAUAUAGUACAUUUAUGGUAUCUAUGUGUGUCACUCGGGACAAAAGGGUUAAAGUAUUUUUUCCUUAAAGUAUAGAUAUAUGAAAGAAAUUAAUGUGUUAUAUUUUACGUGUCUCACCCUGCAUGUAUAAAUAAGGGCAGCGGUUUGACGUGGUGUAUAUAGCUUUGGUACUAUCCAGAAGAUUUACUUCAAUAUUAAUAUUAAGAUCAAAUUUAUACAUGGUAUUUUUGCUAUCGAUACUGACACAAGCAAGAUUUAUCUAAAAGUAAUAAUUCUUUAUUUACAUGAUGCAUAUGCAAUUUAUUUUGAUAGUUUUAGUGUUGUUAAAACAGUUUAUCUUUGUAUUAGUAUUCAUUGUAUUGAGUUGAUUUAAUUUAAAAUAAUUACAAUUGUUUACAUUAUUGAAAAGAAAAACUGAUAAAACUUUGUUGUUACUUAAACAUCGUUAUGUUAUUAAUAUUGUGAAGGCCAAUGUUUUUAUAAGUACUUUUACAGUUUUUAAUAUUAUUAAUAUGGAAUUUAAGAAUAUAUAUAGAAUAUCACUCUUUAUAUAAAAAGUAAAGAAAAAAGAAUACGCGUCGAAAGUUAUAAUUAUUAGACUGAUAUUGCAUUUUGCAUUUCGCGUCUUCAAUUACUUAUAUUUUGCAUGAAUAUCUGAAUAAUAUCGUGCGAAAAGAUAUAUUCAGCCUUCUUUAUUUAUUAUUUGACGUACAUAGAGAUGUACAUUGCAAUUAUAAUGGAGAUAUAUUUUUAUUUAACAACUCUUUGCUAAACAGUAUGUACGAUACAUUGCGCGAGAGGCGUUGUUCAUUAAAAGUAAUGAUUUAACCUUAGAAUACUGAUCACCGUUUUUAAUAUUAAUAAUGCGUAAAGAGAUCGACGUGUAUAUUGGAAAACGUAUUAACAUUUAAAUGGAGAAAGCUUUUAUUAAUUUUUCUCUUUACUGAGUCUAAUAUUGUUAAAAUUGUAUUAAGAGUUAAUUUUAACGCAUCUAUAAUUGAAUUAUAUAACCGUUAACAUAACUUCUCCCAAAAAUACAUUUUAAAUAUUUUUUGUGAUGUUCUAUAUUUUUGUUGUACAACGAAAAAAUUAUACUAUUAAAUGAUUGGAAAGAUGAAAAUCAUUAUUGUUACCUGUUUCUAACUUAAUACGUUUCUGUAACGUAUCUAUUUAGCGUAUUCAUUUCUUUGUGAUCUUAGUAUCCUAGGGUUAAAAUUAAAAAGAAAAGCAAGUAGCUGUAUUUUAUAAUCAGAUAUGAUGACUUUGCUCUUUGCUCUUUGCUAAUGUUAUACAUUCGAUGUGAUGUAAAAAAUAAUAGUGCUCAGAAAAUUAAGAUUUGUACGAGGAUAAUUUUCUUACGAUUUUUAUAAUCGAGCACAAGGUAGUCCGAUUUGUUUAACUAUAUAUAAUAGAAUAUCUCCGAAAUGCUACUUAUUGAAAUGACGAUUGCAUAGGACUGUUUUCGUAUACAUACGUAAAAUGUAUAACUAAGAACUAGAACGAGGAACUUUCAUUUCCGAUAUAAAGAUGUUGAGAGUUUUAUAUGUUAACAUUAAUAUAUUACGCUGUCCAAAGAUAUGUAGCGAAGCGUACAGCGAAGUAUAACUAUACGAAUAAUAAGCCUUACGUUUUCUCUUUUAUUUGUGUGCGACUUUAUGUAUAUAUAUAUGCAUAUGCAUGCAUAUAUAUGAAUAUAUAUGUGUUUGUUUAUGUGUGAAUAUGUAACACUGGUGAAGCACAUAAAGUGUGAUAAGCACACACACAACAAACACGUACAUGUAUGAAUACUUUUGGUGAAUGUUCUACUAAGCUUUACCAAAAUUUAUAUGUUGAUUUAUCCUAUAUUUUACUGUAUAAAAAAAUAUCAAUUUGUUUAAACUCGUGCAAAGAAAAAAUAAAAUUCUUCAUGAUCAGGUA